GCAUCCAGAUACGAUCCAGGGGACCGUGUGUAAAGUCGCCCGCGACACAGCUGAGACCGCUCUGAGGGGCCAUGUCUCACUAGUGAAUUUAGCCAAAUCGGAGGUGCGGCCUUAGCCUGCCAAAGAUCAAGAUGGAUGCAGUAAAGGAUGAAGACCGCAAACGGCGGUUGCGACUUUUGGAAGAAAAAAUUCAAGACCCUCGUAGUGUCACAAAUGUUGACUGUCUUCUUGAUACUGUUCAGGCAUUAGUCUCAGACUGCGACCAUCCCUCAGUCAAACGAAUGAAAAACAUUGAAGCUUAUAUGAAUAGAUAUGAUAAUGCAGCAUCAGACAUUUGUAACCUGAGAAUGAAGACUGAUGACUUCACACUCAUCAAAGUAAUCGGACGAGGAGCAUUUGGAGAGGUCCAAUUGGUUCGGCACAAAUAUACCAAAAAAGUUUUUGCAAUGAAGUUGCUUAGUAAAUUUGAAAUGAUAAAACGCUCUGACUCUGCCUUUUUUUGGGAGGAAAGAGACAUUAUGGCGCAUGCAAACUCAGAAUGGAUUGUACAGCUACAUUUUGCUUUUCAAGAUCAGAAAUAUCUUUACAUGGUUAUGGAUUACAUGCCAGGUGGAGAUUUAGUUAAUCUUAUGUCUAACUACGUAGUGCCCGAAAAAUGGGCAAAGUUCUAUUGCGCUGAAGUAGUGUUGGCGCUGGACGCCAUACAUUCAAUGGGAUUUGUGCACAGGGAUGUAAAGCCAGAUAAUAUGCUGCUGGACAGACAUGGGCAUCUAAAGUUGGCAGAUUUUGGGACAUGCAUGAAAAUGGAUACAGAUGGCCUAGUUCGUUCAGAUACUGCUGUAGGAACACCAGACUACAUUUCGCCUGAGGUCCUUCAAUCACAGGGAGGAGAGGGUGUUUAUGGACGAGAAUGUGACUGGUGGUCUGUUGGUGUCUUUUUGUAUGAAAUGUUGGUUGGAGAUACUCCAUUUUAUGCUGACAGUCUUGUAGGCACAUAUUCUAAAAUCAUGGACCACAGCAACUCCCUUCACUUUCCUUCUGACACUGAAAUUUCUCAUCAUGCAAAGUCGCUUAUCUAUGGAUUCCUCACUGAUAGAACCAAGCGUUUAGGAAGGAAUGGCGUGGAAGAAAUCAAGUCCCACCCCUUCUUUAAAAAUGAUCAAUGGACAUUUGACAAUCUUCGAGAAUGUGUGCCACCUGUUGUACCAGAAUUGUCAGGAGAUGAUGAUACUAGUAAUUUUGAUGAAGUUGACAAAGAUGAGACUCCAGAGGAGAAUUUUUCCACUCCCAAGGCAUUUGCUGGAAACCAUUUACCAUUUGUUGGUUUUACAUAUUCAAGGGAUUACCAGUUGAUGGGAGGCAAGCAUUUGGACUCGCAGGAUGCUGUGGAUAAUUGUUCUACAAACCAUGUUAGUGGAGCAGGGGAAUCUCCGUUUCACACAAAACAACUGGAGGCAGAGUUGGAAACAGAACGCAGGCUAGUUGAAGGACUUGAAGCUAAGCAGAGAACAUUGGUGGCACGACUUGAUUCUGUCACCAAGCGGGAAGCAGAGCUGAGAGAGGAAGCAAAUGCAUUAGAAAAGUCCCUCACCAUCAUAAAACACGAUCUCAAAGAAAGUCAAAGAAAAGCAGAUGGUGAAAAUGAAGCCAGGAGAAAAGCUGAGUCGCUACUGCAUGAUAUGAAACGUAAACUCGAUGAGGAGACAAAUAAAAGAACAAGAGAAAUGAAUAACAACCAACAAACAAGUGAUAAGAUGUUUGCUCUAGAGAAGCAGGUUGCAGACAUGCAAGAAAAAAUGAAAUCUGAAUCUGAAACCUCAGCGCGUUUAAGGAAGCAAGCUGCCGAAUUAACCGUUGCUCAAGCAGCCAGUGAACAGAUGCAAUCUGAGUUGAAGUCAAUGUUACUUCUCCUUCAAAAUCAGCGUGAUGCUCUCCAGCAAGAAGUAGCAACUUUACAAGGUCAGCUUAGUCAAGAGCGCAGUGAGAGGACGCAAGUAUCAGGCCUUCAUCAUGAAUUGGAAGUUCGGCUACAAUCAGUGUUAGGGGAAAUGGAAAGGUGUGCUCAGAGGGAAAACAAGGUGACGGAGGAUAAUAGACAGCUGACAGAAAGAGUAUCAUCAUUAGAAAAAGAAUGUGCCUCCUUGGGCUUGGAGCUUAAAGCAGCUCAAAACCGAUAUCAACAGGAAGUGCGCAGUCAUCAAGAAACCGAGCGCAGAGGCCUCGUUUCUAAAGAGGAAGCCAAUCUUGAAGUUGUUAAAGCUCUUCAAACAAAAUUAAAUGAGGAAAAGAGUGCACGUCAAAAGGCAGACAUGAUGAGCCAGGAAAAGGAAAGACAAAUGUCCAUGUUAUCAGUCGAUUAUCGUCAAAUUCAACAACGACUUCAAAAGCUGGAGGGUGAACAUAGGCAAGAAGUCGAUAAGGUUAAAACAUUGCAUAUUCAAGUAGAACAAGAGCAGCAAAAGAAGAAUACCUUGCAAAGUGAGGUAAAUCAUCAAUCAUCUACUCUUGCUGCUCUCAAAGCAAGGCAUGACCAGCUCAGUGGAGAGGUAGCAAGUCUGCGAGAAGGAAAACGAAGUGCUGAAGACGAUUUGCAUCGGUUGAAAACUCAACGAUCUGUUGAUGAGCUUCAGAGGAAGGAGCUUCAAGAUCAACUCGAAGCAGAGCAGUACUUCUCUACCUUGUAUCGUACCCAAGCUGCAGAACUGAGAGAAGAUUUAGAGGAACGUCAACGAACUCUAGUCGAGCUGGAAGAGGAACGUGGCUCCCUUACCCACCAGCUGCAGAUUGCUUUGGCAAGAGCAGAUUCCGAGGCCCUUGCUCGUUCUAUAGCUGAAGAGACCGUUGCAGACUUGGAAAAAGAUAAAACUAUGAAGGAACUUGAACUGAAAGAUUUGUUAGCAAAGCAUCGCUCAGAGCUUAGUGGAAGAGAUUCUACUUUGAACUCUAUAAAAGAAAGGGAACAAGAAUAUAAGAAAUCAAUUGAGCAGCUCAUUAAGGACAAAGAUGAAAUGAGUCACCAAAUGAAGUUGAUGCAAGAAGAGGUUAAAAAGGCAUCCAAUGUUCAAGAAGAGAUGGAACGGUUAAGGAAACAGUUAAAGCAAGAACAACUUCUGAAGGAACAAGCUGUGCAUAAACUUGCUGAAAUUAUGAACCGCAAGGAUAUCAAUACUACAACCAAGGCGAAGAGCAAAGUGUCCUCUGCAGACCUGAGGCGUAAAGAAAAGGAGUGUCGGAAACUGCAACAAGAACUUACCCAGGAGAGGGAAAAGUACUCCCAGGCUGUCAUCAAAUAUCAGAAAGACUUACAAGAAAUGCAGUCCCAACUAGUCGAAGAAGGCCAGUUCAAAGUCCGUCUUCAAAUGGAGUUAGAUUCUAAAGAUUCUGAAAUAGAGCAACUUCAAGGAAAACUUACAUCUAUUUCGAGUGAAACUGCCUCCUUGUCAAGUGCUGACAAUGACACUGAUGAUUUAUGUCCAGAAUCAAGACUGGAAGGGUGGUUGUCUGUUCCCAAUAAACAAAAUAUUAGAAGACAUGGAUGGAAAAAACAGUAUGUAGUUGUAUCAUCAAAGAAGAUAAUAUUUUAUAAUUCUGAAAGUGACAAACAAAAUACAGAUCCAAUACUCAUCCUCGAUUUAAGCAAAGUUUUUCAUGUGCGAUCAGUGACACAUGGUGAUGUCAUUAGAGCUGACCCAAAGGAUAUUCCCCGUAUAUUUCAAUUGCUUUAUGCGGGUGAAGGUGAAGCUCGUAGGCCAGAAGAGGGGAGCAUGACCCAGCUUGAACUCCCACCCCUAAGAGAUGAUAAACCUGGCACAAUUCAAUUGAAAGGUCAUGAGUUUUUACAAAUUUCUUAUCACAUGCCAACAACUUGUGAAGUUUGCCCUAAACCUUUGUGGCAUGUGUUUCGACCACCACCUGCUUUAGAGUGCAAACGGUGCCGUGUUAAAGUGCACAAAGAACAUUUUGAUCGGAAGGAAGAAGCGAUAGCUCCUUGCAAACUCCAUUAUGACCCUAAUUCGGCUAAGGAACUAUUAGUCCUUGCUGUAAGUGCAGACGACCAGAAAUUGUGGGUGCAACGUUUGUCCAAGAAGAUUCAAAAGUGUGGAUACAAAGCCAAUACAUUAGGUAGUGGCACACUGGAUGGAUCUAAAGUGUCUCCUCGAGAGUCAGUGAGAUCAAACCCUAAGCAAUAUACUAGCCUGCAGCAGCGAUCUGCUACUCUUCCUGCUAACUCAACUAUGAGCAAAUAAUUGCUGUGAUAAAUUACAGCAUGUUACCUGGUCCAACUUUCACGCAGCAAGCUUGCAUUAAUGACAUCAAGAUCGCUUCCAACAGAGAUCCUUCCUCUGAUUUACAGUAACAAUUUUUUACUGCUCCUUACAAUUCCUCUGUGUCAAGGUUUUUAAAGUUUUAGAAAGGAAUGUUAAAAGUUUUGUUGUAGUAUUUUAUUUAUUUUAUGUAACAUGAGCGCUUCACUUUUUUUGACCAUGUUGUUACUAUGGCAGAAUGUACUAUUUCCGUUGUUUAUUUUAUGUUUGUACAGAAAAGUUGUUGAAAAUCCUUGAGGAAAUGAAGAUUUCACUUCCUUCAUUUCAAUGUUUCUUUUUAAAAGGUAAUGAAAUUAAGAUUUUGACCGAUUUUCACAGUAUUUUCAUAUAAACUUGUAUUUUAGAAACCAUUCAUGUUUGAUUUUAUGUCUUUUGAACGUUCUUAAUACUUUGAUUAGAAGCUCUCUUAUGGCUGUUUUAGUAACCCUUUGAUUCUAGUUUUGCAGUAUUGUUAAGGAAAACUAAGGAGGGAAGUACAUGCUCACAUUUUUCCUUUCAGUUGAUAUUUCUGGAAAUGAUCUGUUAAUCAGUACUCAUAUUAUCCGUCCGACUUAAUUUGUGCCUAAGAGACUGAAAAGUUAGCUCCUUGCUGGAGUUACAAAAUCUUAAUUUAUUGCAAAUAAAAUUUGAAAGGGAUAAGCAAAAGUCAGAAACAUUUUUGAACUAGCCUUAAAAGUGUUAAGUCUUAAUGUUUUUGUCAAUCAUGCUGGGUUAUUUGAUGAAAGAUUUGACUCCAGUAAGUUGUUCAUACCAAAAUACUAAUCUGCUCUCUUUGUGUACUUUGUUCUGUGAGUCUAAGAAAAUUGUGAUAACUUGGUUUCCUCAUAUAAAUUGUUUUGAUAGUAAAUUUUGUCUUAUAAUUGAUUGAUUGAUUGAUAAAACAAUUGAAGUUGACCAUUGAAGUUGACCAUUGAACUUUUCAGACAUACCCAGUAUUGUUCUAACCAUAAAGACUGACCAAUACCGUUGCUGCCUUGCAUUUAUGCUGUUUUUGAGAGGAACGUUUCUCAAGCUUUCUUUGCUGCGCUCUUUUGGAGCACAAGAUCUUGUGUUGUGUGUGACAAACAGGAUGAGGGUUCAUCUGUAUGCCAAACUUCAUUAUUAGCAUUCUUUAUUCUUGUUUUGGUCUUUAUAAAUAUUUUUUUUUUAAUUUAUUAAGUUGCUUUGCCAAGCCAACUAUAUUGUAUAUAUUAUUUUUUUUUAAAAUCAGAAGUAAGCUGUGAUUACUGUAGCAGACUGUAGUCGACUGUAGUCCCUGUAAGUUCCACAGUACCCAACUGGAGUAUCUGCUGGAGUGAGAUCUUGGGCUGCCACUUGGUACUAUUCCAUUGCUAGAAAUAUAAAUAAGUGUAUGUUAGUACAAAUAAAAUUAAUUACCAUUAUGACGUGACAUCUAGCAAGACCAAAGUGCUGUCAGAUUAGAAAAGAAAUCAAGCAAUAUGUUAUCUGCUACCUUUGUGUUUUGAGCGCAUCCUUCUCGGUUAAGUAUUUUCCCUUCCUCUUGAUUGACUACCUAUAGCCCGAGACAACUGGGUAGAGUUAAUGUGUUGCAGUGGUGUGUUAGGGUUCGGAGCAGUAGUAGAAUGUGGCAUGGGUCUGACUGGGUGCUGUGCCUCCCGCAGGUGGUCGGCUCCCAGUUGUGUCGCAGUAUACAUUCUAGAAGCGUAGUGUACCUAUGAAGAUGCCACCUACUUCUGAUACAAACUCUGUAUUUGUAGUGUGUUUUUGAGGUACACUGGGAUAAAUACCUAACACAUUUCUGAGGGUAUGCAAUUUUUGGUCUAUUCCCACUUUUUUUUGGUUUUGUUUGGGCUUUGCAAUUCAAAAAGGAUCAUUCACAACUCAAAGGGCAUCUUCCUUUCUUCGAUUCUUUGUUCAGUAAGGGAAAGAACAGUGUUUGGUUAUGUCACCUACAUAGAAUAUAUUUUAGCCCAGAAAUUGUCCCUUUAUUUAUUCUUGCGAAUUUGUUACUCAUUUAUGCAUACAUUACAUAUUAUAUGUACAUUUACACAACAAGUAGCUUUUUUGCUUUUUUCUUGUUUGAACAUAACCAUAGCCCAUAGCAGAGGAGGUCAACAAUGCUGAGGAGGUCUCAGGGAAUAAACAAGAGAAAUGAAUUAAGUUAUGGUACUUAAUAAUAGCUGUUUCAUAAUUGUUUCAUUGAAAAUUCCUUCACACCCUGGAUCUGUUGGACCAUGAAGUUUGACUUUAUUGCUGCAUUUGUUUAUCUAUUCUAUUUACUGAUGCUAUUUAUUUAUAGGGUCGCAAGCAGCGAGACUUAAUAUUUUCAUGGCUGUUUUAUGUGUUAUCAUGUGAUUCCUGUGCUUAAUGGCUUUUAUGAAGUUAGGAAGUAUGCAUUAUCUAUUUGAGUCAAUAUGACAAUCACUUCUGCAUUUCAUAUAACGAAUGGCUGGUCUAUUUACAAUGUUUUUAUUUGCCAUAUUUUUGUGUGUCCAGUGGUCUCUGUGGGAGGAGAGGUGCAUUUUGAUUGCAAUAUACAAUGCAUGGUGCAAUUACUCAU